AUGCAAAACUUAAAUUGCGCAUCUAGCUCAACAAUGGCUGCUUCCUCGGAUGAAAAAGCGUUUUUCAGUGCUGUGCAAAUUGGAGAAAAGAAGCCCUGUAGAGCAUGUACAGACUUCAAAUCUUGGUCUAAAUUACAAGGCAAAUCCACAAAAUCCACUUCGGAACGUAAGUAUGACAGAUACACAGAUAGCCUGGCAGAAGUUCCUGAUAAGCCACCAGAAGACUGCCCCUUAGACAGGCCACAACUGGGCCGUAAUACCUGGUCAUUUCUUCACACUAUGGCUGCAUACUAUCCAGAUAAACCAUCCACAACUGAACAGAAAGACAUGAACAAUUUCUUACAACUAUUCUCAAAAGUUUUCCCUUGUUAUGAGUGUGCAGAGGACUUCAAAGAAAAUAUAAAGAUUCAUCCUCCAGAGACAAGCUCCCAACAGAUUCUGUCAAAAUGGCUUUGUGAGAGACACAAUGAUGUCAAUAAAAAACUAGGGAAACCAAUAUUUGACUGUCGGAAAGUUAAUGAACGGUGGCGAGAUGGUUGGAAAGAUGGCAGUUGUGAUUGAUAGAUACUUACAGAAUACAGUGUAUAAUAUAUAUGGAUAAAAGUUGUUGAAGUGCCAAAAAGAGGUUGCCACACAUACCAGGCCAGGUAGAAAAGAGAAAAAACAGAUAGAGAUAGAGUUAACAGAACCCGAAGCCAAGAUAAUGAAAAAUGCUUGAUAAGUUUUGCUAGAAAUGUCACAAAUGUUGCAUCUUUACCAAGAAAUAUCUGACGUAUUUAUUUUCUCAAGUAUUGCAAAUUUCCUCAUCAUUCUGUCAAAAAUCACUUCUCUUUUACAGAGAUUUUCGACAUGUUUUUUCACAGUUUUCCACUUAUUUCGGCAAGAUUCUUACACCUUCACAGACAGUUAUUGAAAACAACACAAAGUGCAUUUCUCAUUUUCUAGGCUUGGUCAAAGACAAUAAUUUUUAAAUCAAAGAAGGCAUUGUGAGACACAAUAUGGCAAACCUAGAUUUGAAUUGGUAAGCGCAGGCCAACUUUGGCAAGUCAUAAAGUGGACAUAUUUUGAGCAUUAUACAACUCCACUACAGGGUUUGAUGACAAUGGUAAUUAUUGAAAUUGUACAAUGGAGUACAAUGUUGCUAUUGUGUGCUGCAGGGAGAGGAUGUUUAGAACUCCAUAAGUCUCAAUACACUCAGGGCUACCAAGUUGAAUAUUGGGUGUAUAAAAUGCAGAAAUAUAUGUGAUUUAGUCAUUUAUGAGGCAUUGGUCGCAAAAACAAGUCAUAUGAAAGCCUCAUGAAAGUUUCAGUUCAUAGCAAAACAACCGGGGGAGAUUUGAGAGGGAAUUGUAAAAAUUCAAAACCUCGAAACUAGACCAGUUGAUUGAAAGUGAGUUGAUCCCUUCAAGUAAAGUGUUAUCAGCAAAAGUUGUGAUACUAUGAACAUAUAAGAUCAAUUUCCUCAUAACUUAAUUUAUAUACAGAAUGAUUUGUAUGCAUAUGACACAUAGCGUCAGUCAUGAUUUAGAAAAUCCAACUGUAGAAGUAAAUAUUAUUUUAAGCGCACAAGCUCUGAAUUUUAUUUUAUGGAAUAAAUAUAUGUGAAUGCAUCCUUUGUUAAUCAAAUCUAUA